AUGUGUUUCAAUCUAAAGGAGCAAGAAUACGAGAUAUAUUCUAGACCAGAGGACGCCUCAUUGAAAGAGUGGACCGAUCGAAUCCUUUCGAUGGAUGCCUCACAAACACUUGUGCAAUCAGCUGCUGAUGCUGGUGCUGGUGACGUUGAAAAGGGCGACACUGAAAACUUAGCUGCAUCAGUUGCAUUGGGAGGUAUUCCGCUAGGAUGGGCGAAUUCUACUCCUAUGGACAACACGCAAUCCAAUCAGUUGAAGUAUUUCCCAAAAGUUUUAUCAACUCCACCUUCUACAUUCUAUGCACUACCACAAGACGUUGUCAUGAUUCCCUAUCAUCCCUCGGCAUCAGUAUCUAGCCCCAUAAUGAGUGUGCUAUGGGAAGACUUUCUGUCAAUUUUCAACCUACUUCAAAUCUUUCAAUUCGACCAGAGCUAUCGACCACUACUGUUGCCAAAUACUUAUUUGGAAAACAAUGAGGAUCUCAUGCAGGCAACAUCGUCACUGAUGAUGCGUCUACCAUCAGUAUUGACCUCACAAGGCAAGGUGAAGCUAGAAAUAUCAAAUUCCUUACAUUCUUUUACUGGCGUUCAAAGUCCGAAGUCGGAUUUGGUGUGCGCGAAGCAAGGUUUGAUGGGUACCGCUGCCUUGACGAGUCAUGGAAUGCAUCGGACCAGGGGCCCACCCGAGGCAGAGAGCGAAGCAAAACUAAAGCCAGUUCAGCGGCGUCGCCGCAGUGUCACCUCAAAAGUAGGCAUGACACAGAACCGUGGAAGGGGUGGUGUGUUCUGGAAGUUUCGUCUUUGGGCUUUGCAAAAUCUGGAAUUGGGAGACAACGACAUUGCAGCUUUGGAUUCGACAAAGGCUCCACACAAGAUUAUCUUGGCCAAAUCUUCGAACCCAUCCAUCCAAUCACUGUUUGAUGAACUGAAAACAACAUUCUCGAAUGAUGCAAGGGUAGAAAGAGUUGAGGAAUACAAUUGGAAAUCUGUCGUUCCGUUGGACCAAAUUAAACUUCUGAGUCAGACCACUGUGCUGGUGUCAAGUACCCCGACGGAUUUGGCAACUGCGCCAUUCUUACCGAAUGGUGCCUCUUUGGUUUUGCUAUACGCUCCCAAACAGGGUACUUUGCCAGAUCCAAGCGAGGAAUAUUGGGAUCUCAUCAACAACUUGUCGCAUAUUAGAGUUAACUGGCUACCCUUGCCUGACGACAAUACUGAACAUGAUACUAACGAAGAUGCAAAUACAGUGAUGCAGCUCAUCAAAAGGGCCAUCAGCGUUCACGACAGAGAUAGGUUGGAUUGA